AUGGAUGAUGAUCGACCGAUAUCUGUCACUGAACACUCUGUCGCAAGAAAGCUUUUAGAGCUAAAUGCUUCUCGUUCCAGUGGUCCCGACAACCUCCCUAACUGGGUACUUAAAAAUUUUGCGUAUAUUCUAGCGGCCCCAAUUGCUGAUAUCCCAAAUACUUCGUUCUUGGAAUGUAAUGUUCCUGACGCAUGGAAACUUGCCAAUGUCUGUCCUCUGUCUAAGGCAUCUUCUAUCUGCAUCAUCAAUGAGGAUUUAAGACCAAUCUCUCUAACACCAACCCUCUCAAAAGUUGCUGAGAGCUUCAUCAUAGACAUUGCGUUGAAACCUGUUCUACUACCUAUUAUCGACCCAGGCAUAUUUGGGUUCAUCCCAGGAUCGUCAACUACUCUAGCACUAAUCUCUAUGUUCCAUCAUUGGUUACAAGCUACUGACGGCACCGCAUCCACCGUAAGAACCAUACUUUUAGAUUUCCGCAGAGCUUUUGACUUGGUGGACCAUAAUAUUUUGGUCGCCAAACUGUUUAGUAUAGGCGUAAAACCCACGGCCGUCAAUUGGAUAAUUGAUUUCCUAAGACACAGAAAGCAGAGGGCUAAACUAAAUAACAUCGUUUCCGAUUGGCUUGACGUCCCAGCAGGAGUGCCUCAAUGA